UGGGAAGUUUCUGGAAUCAUGGCUUUGCCCAGUCCGAAAAUAGAUCCCGAAUACGCCGCUGCAGUCGCUGUACUAAAGCGGGCGGUGGAACUAGAUUCGGAGUUUCGGUACCUGCAGGCUCUAGCGUUUUACGAGAAGGGGAUGGAUAUGCUCCUUCAGGUUCUCAAAGGGACCAAAGAGGAUACAAAGAGAUGUAAUCUGAGAAAAAAAAUUACUGAGUACAUGGAUAGAGCAGAACACUUAAAGCGGUAUUUGGAUCAAGAAAAAGAAGAUGGAAAGUAUCAUAAGCAAAUUAAAAUAGAAGAAAAUGCAACAGGUUUCAGUUAUGAGUCACUUUUUCAAGAAUACCUUACUGAAACAAUUACUGAAGUUUGGAUAGAAGAUCCUUAUAUUAGAAAUACUCAGCAGCUGUAUAAUUUUCUUCGAUUUUGCGAGAUGCUUAUUAAGAGUCCAUGUAAAGUAAAAACUAUUCAUCUUCUCACCUCUCUGGAUCAAGACAGUGGGAGAACAGAGCAAGUUAGUGCCCUGAAUGAAAUAGAAGGGUCACUCAGGACUCAUGGAGUAUCAUUGGAAGUAAAGUAUUCUUCUUCAAUACAUGACCGAGAAAUUAGUUUACCAGCUUUUCCUUUGCUGUUGGAGAGUGAUUCAGUACAUAUUGGGCAUCUAUUAUGAAGAUUCAGGUGUGGAAUAUGCUGAACCUGAAAAUACUCAAAAGCAGUUUUGCCAGUCCUUUAUUAUGUGGCUAUUUAGGACCUUAUUAGCCAUGUAAACAAGUGUUGGACUUGAUCAAUAGUUACUUUUUGCAAAGUAUCCUAGCUUAUUUUUCCAGUUACCCAUCACCAUGUAAAAGUAGAGUGGCUUUUCAUUCAGAUGAGCACGUGUUAGAUGUCUUUAGUUUCCUGUUGAAACAACUCUGAUUUCUAGAGCAUAUGGAUCUAUUACUAUAAAGAAUAAGCAACCCACACCCCUAUGAAAGUAACUUAUCCAACUCCCAUAGGAAUCAUACCAAGAGAAAAUGAUACUUAAAGAAUGUGUCUAGACAUACUAGUUAUUAUAGAUUUUGUAAGUUCUAUCCCCGAUCCAAUUAGAAUACUGGAAGGCUAUAGA